AUGGUGUCUUGUUCUUCUCUUUCACCAUUCUUCCAUAUUCCAACUUUUUUGAUCCAACAAAAGAAACAACAACUACUAUUUAAGGUUCCUCCAUUUCUUCAUCAAACUAACCUUCCUUCUCCUUUGAGUUUGAGUAGAAAAAAUCUUCACAAAUGCUUCUCACAACAAAAAGAAGAAGAAGAAGCAUCAUUUCAAUUUGAGCGUUUGUUCUCAAACAUUAACCAAGUUACUUUAAAAAGAGAACCUGGAAGCUUAUCUAGUGCAAUUUUCCUGGUUGCAGGUACUACGGUAGGUGCAGGAAUACUUGCAAUCCCUGCAGUGACACAAGAAUCAGGCUUUUUAGCAUCCACAGUUACUUGCAUUCUUUGUUGGUUAUUCAUGGUUGUCACAGGUUUGCUCCUUGCUGAAGUAAAUGUCAACACCAUGUGUGAUCUUGGUUAUGGCGGCGUAUCAUUGGUGUCAAUGGCUAGAAGAACUUUAGGGACAUUAGGAGUUCAAAUUUCAUCUUGGUCAUACAUCUUCAUCCAUUAUGCAGUUUUGGUUGCCUAUAUAGCUCGUUCUUCGGAUAUCUUGACAAAUUUUCUUCACAUUCCAAUAUGGGAAAGUGGAACUUUGUUUUCAUUGAUUUUUGGAGGGAUAUGCUUCUUUGGAAGCCAGCGCUUUAUCGGUGCAAUUAAUGGUGUUCUAGUAAUUGGAAUCAUCAGCUUUUUUGUAGCUCUUGUGGCAGUUGCAAGUGGAAACCUGCAUUUGGAUGCUCUUUUAAAAGCAAACUUCCAAGCAGUUCCUAUGAGUAUACCAAUCAUUGCACUUUCAUUUGUUUACCAUAAUGUUGUACCUGUUCUUUGUACAAAUCUUGAAGGAGACUUGUUAAAAGUAAGGAGUGCAAUAGUACUAGGCACUGGUAUACCUCUUGUUCUGUUUCUCAUUUGGAAUGGUGUUAUCCUAGGAACUGUUGGUGACAGUCCAAUGGGAUUAGAUCCAUUACAACAGUUGAGAUCUUCAAAUGGAACAAUUGGACCUAUAGUUGAGGUCUUCUCAUUUCUUGCAAUUGCUACUUCUUACAUUGGAUUUGUUUUGGGUUUGACAGACUUUCUAGCAGACUUGCUGAAUCUCCCAACAGGACAAAACAAACCUCUUCCAUAUAUACUAACUUUAAUUCCACCCCUUUUACUCUCAUUAUUGGACCCUGAAAUAUUUUUCAAAGCCUUGGACUUUGCUGGAACAUAUGGAGUGUUGCUGCUUUUCGGAAUUAUUCCGGCCGCAAUGUCCUGGUCUGAUAGGAACUCAAAUUCAUCUUCAUCUGUGAAACUACCUGAACUUGUUCCAGGAGGGAGGAUAACCCUACUAAUGGUGCUUGGUUGUUCAGGAUAUGUUAUUCUUUCUGAAUUAUUUGAGAACUUCCAGCAUCUAUGA